UACUGGUAGUUCAUGAACGAUGAACCCACUUCCUCUAUCCAGUUGGAACACCUCCGGUGACUUUUUAAACAAGUCCUGGGAUACAGAGUUUGCGUACCCAAAUCUCAACGUCGUUGACACAGUCAUCCUGCCUUCCCUGAUCGGGAUUAUUUGUUCAACGGGGCUGAUUGGAAACAUCCUCAUUGUAGAUACUAUAAUAAGGUCAAGGAAAAAAACCAUCCCUGACAUUUAUAUCUGCAACCUAGCUGUGGCAGAUUUGGUCCACAUCACUGGAAUGCCUUUCCUUAUUCACCAGUGGGCCCGAGGAGGAGAGUGGGUAUUUGGGGGAGCUCUCUGCACCGUCAUCACAUCCCUGGAUACGUGCAACCAGUUUGCCUGCAGCGCCAUCAUGACUGCGAUGAGUGUGGACCGGUACUUGGCUCUGGUCCAACCAUUUCGUCUCAGGAGUUGGAGAACAAGGUACAAGACCAUCUGCAUCAACAUGGGCCUCUGGGCCGCCUCCUUGAUUCUGGCAUUGCCUGUCUGGCUCUAUUCAAAGGUCAUCAAAUUCAAAGAUGGUGUCGAGAGUUGUGCUUUUGAUUUAACAUCCCCUGAUGAUGUCCUCUGGUAUACACUUUAUUUGACAAUAACAACUUUCUUUGUCCCUUUACCUUUGAUUUUGGUGUGCUAUAUUUUAAUUUUAUGCUAUACUUGGGAGAUGUAUCAACAAAAUAAAGAUGCUGGAUGUUAUAAUCCCAGUCUCCCAAGGCAGCGGGUGAUGAAGCUCACAACGAUGGUGCUGGUGCUGGUGACAGUCUUCAUUCUAAGUGCUGCUCCAUAUCAUGUGAUACAACUGGUGAACUUGCACAUGGAGCAUCCCACGCUGGCCUUCUACGUGGGCUAUUACCUCGCCAUCUGUCUCAGCUAUACCAGCAGCAGCAUUAACCCUUUCCUCUACAUCCUGAUGAGUGGAAAUUUCCGAAAACGCCUGCCUCAAUUUCCAAGGAAAGUGACUGACAAGAAAAUCACCAAUAUGGAAAACACUCUGAAAUCAAACUUUUAAGAGAGCAAGUGGAUCACUAAGAGUCUAAAUAAUUACAUCUCUGUUAUUGACAUCAUUAGAAAGGUCGGUGAGAUUGCUUGUAUAUGCCCACUGUUCUUGUAUGUUUGUGACUUGUAGCAUCAUGGAACAGAAUUGUCACAAGCCAC